UGGGACUCUCAGGGACUGUAUAAAUAUUGCCACCUCCCUGCCUGGUUUGAGACCUCCCUCAUUGCUGGCUGUCACAGGAGCUGACUCCUGGAUUAUGCUUUCGUACUGAUGUCCUGCUGCCAUCAGUAAACAGCUUUGUUGCUCAGGAUGCUGCGUGAGCAGUCUCUGCCUUGCAGAGAUCAUAAUCUGCUGCCUUGCAAAAUGUGAUGGGAAUGAACGAGUGAGCAGAGAGUAAGGAGAGUAGCGAGGGAAGACAGCCCAAACUAAUUCAGAUCUCAUCCCAUGAUGACGGCUGUCAAUCACUCCAGCUUGCAGCCUCCCUCCUUCCUUCUGAUCGGCAUCCCAGGCCUGCAGGACCUGCACAUCUGGCUUUCCGUCCCAUUCUGCCUAAUGUAUCUCUCUGCUGUCUUUGGCAACUUCAUCCUUUUAUUUGUCAUUGUGAAGGAGCGAAGCCUCCAUGAGCCAAUGUACCUUUUCCUGGCCAUGCUGGCUGUGGCAGAUCUCGUACUAUCCUCCUCCACAGUGCCCAAAGCCCUGAGCAUAUUCUGGUCCCUUUCCAAGGAGAUGUCUUUCCAUGCCUGCCUUACCCAGAUGUUCUUUGCACACGUAAGCUUCAUUGCAGAGUCGACCAUCCUGCUGGCCAUGGCGUUCGACCGGUACGUUGCCAUCUGCAACCCGCUGCGGUACACCGCAGUGUUCACACGCUCGGUGAUAGCAAAGAUUGGGCUGGCUGCCAUAGCCCGGAGCUUUUGUGUGAUGUUCCCAACAAUAUUCCUCCUUCGGAGGCUGCCGUACUGCAGACACCGUGUCAUGCCACACACCUACUGCGAGCACAUGGGCAUUGCCCGGCUGGCCUGUGCCGGCAUCUCCAUUAACAUCUGGUAUGGCUUUGCCACCACCCUUCUGUCACCAGGAGUGGACAUCGUGCUCAUUGGGGUGUCGUACGUCCUCAUCCUCAGGGCUGUCUUCAGGCUCUCGUCCAAGGAUGCCAAGCUCAAGGCAGUUGGCACCUGCAGCUCUCAUGCCUGCGUUAUAUGCUUGUUCUACACACCAGCAUUUUUCUCGUUUUUUACUCAUCGGUUUGGCCACAGGAUCCCCCACCAUGUUCAUAUCCUCUUGGCAAAUCUCUAUAUGCUCCUACCACCCAUGCUAAACCCCAUUGUCUACACAGUGAAAAACAAACUAAUUCGAGAAAAAGUGUCCCGAGUAUUCUUUAGGACUGGGCAAUUGCACUGACAGGAAUGUUAUUCCUUUGAGAGGAAAGUACGUAGAUGUUUUCUGCAUCACAGAAGCAGGGUGUAUGCAUGUGAAACAAUGUGAUUUUCUCCUCCUUUUAGACUCCACUUGAUAUCAUUACUGACCAGAUAUCCCGCUGGAUGUUUCCUCAAAGUAAAUCAUGUCACUAAGAGAUAAAGGAGAAAUUAGUAGGGAGCCAUGGGCCUGAACUUUGUCUGAUGCAAACUUAUGAUAUCCCAUUACCAUCAGAGCUUUAUUAAAGGGUUUGAGUUGGACCUGUACAUAUAUGAAAUACACAUUUUCUGCCAGGACUCUGCCAUGUUCAGCUCCCUUUUGGGUGUAUAUUUAUUUAUCUUGUAUCUCAAAGUUUUCAGAAAAUAUCAUGAAUAUUCUCCCAAACAUGAGCUGGGAAAAACACUUUGUUUUGGACUAAAUGCAGGAAUUACUGAUCAAUUUUCUCUGACCUCUUCUG